UUUAUCCAUCCGCCUGAAGAAGAACGACAGAAGCGAAGUCGAGGAUUCACAGCUGCUCACCCAACUCGUCUCCGCCGUCGUCGAACUAUGACGUAAAUUAGCGAAGACGAAGGAGUAAAUCGCAUCCAUGGCCUCCCUUUCCGCUUCAUCCCCGCCUUGUCAUCUCGUCUAUGGCCGCUGCAACCCAUCCCACUCAUUGCUUUUCCGCUUCCCUUCGCUUCCUGCUCCGCUUGGCUCCGCCUGCCUGGCCUUCCGGUACGCCGCAGAGGGAGGAAGGCUGCAGAGCAGUGCUUCCGCAGACGAUCCUGGCCUUCUAAGGAGGCCCCUUGGCUUUUCCCCCUCGAAGGAAGACCAAAAGGAGGAGCCUUUCUCCUCCGCUGACCGGAGGCGGCCGGGAAGAAACCAGCAGCAGAAGGACGAGGAGUGGUUGGAUUGGGAGGACGUGAUUUUGGAGGACACCGUUCCCCUCGUUAGCUUCGUCAGGAUGAUCCUGCACUCUGGAAAGUAUAAAAGUGGAGACAAACUGAGCCCUGAGCAUGAAAAGACAAUAUUAGAAAGAUUGCUUCCAUAUCAUCCACAAUCUCAAAAGAAGAUAGGUUGUGGAAUUGAUUACAUCACGAUAGGGUAUCAUCCACAAUUUGAAAACUCCCGCUGUUUGUUCAUUGCUCGAACGGACGGGGAGUUAGAAGAUUUCUCAUAUUGGAAGUGCAUAAAAGGUUUCAUUCGGAAGAAUUACCCUCUGUACGCGGAUUCUUUCAUUUUACGCCAUUUGCGAAGGCGCAGGUUCACAGGGAUGGAAUCUUAACUUGGGAAAAUAAAAAAUAAAAAAUAUAUUUAUAAUUUGGUUGAAAUAUUGACUUGCAGAAAAGAAAAUUUGCAGGGACAUAAUUAAUCGAGCUAAUUAAUGGAAUGGUAGGUGGUCUUCUUGUUGACAAUGUCUUGGCUGAGCUCAGAAGCUUUCUGACUUAUGAUUUUGGAGAUGUGAAGUGUAAUAUAUUAUACAUCACUUGCCGGGAAAUGUUAUAAAUAAUUAGAUAAAUAAAUAAUUAAAAGAAGUUUAGCCCUUGA